AUGCGAGCUUUUAAUCCUGACUCAUAUAAAAAUGAAAAAUGGCUUAAUGAUACACUUGGAGUUAUUUUAUCUGAACAACAAAGAGAACUUUCAUAUUUCGGUCAUCAAUUAGCUGUUAUUCAACUGGUGAAUGUUUUAUUAGAUAUUGGACAAACAAUAUUAAUUGGUGGAAUUGUAAGAUUUGAUGUUAAACAUAUUAGUAAUAAUGCUCGAGCAAGUCUUUCUUUAAUGACAACAUCUCGUUUGCCAACUAAUGUUAUACAAACAAAAGAAGUUGAACAAUUUUAUGAACAAGCUUUUGAAAAGAAUCGAUUCGGAGUGAGCAAUCUUUUAUGA